AUGACGGAUAACAACCAUACCGCCGCUCAUCAAGCGCAAGCCUCCACAUCUCGCAGGCAGCUUUCGAGUUCGGCCGCUACAUCUUCGAAUUCUCACAAGAAACGAAAGCCGUCUACCGGAAACUCGCCCGGUCCUAGCAACAGACACCACAAGUCGUCUUUAGGUGCAGGUGGUGUAGGUACCAGCAACGGUAACCGCGUUUCUUCCUCUGUUGCUGAUAAACCAUUCCAAAACCCUGCCAAACGCCUUAAAUCCGGAGACUCACCAGGCCUCUCUGUUUCCCCGCCGCCUUCUGGCGCGCCGCAAAUCAACGACAUGUGGGCGAGCUCGCCGCCUCAACCGUCCCAUGCCACUAACAACGUCACUGCGACCACCACCACAAACAAAAAUGCAAUCGACCUAACUACUUCACCUCCACCUCCACCGAAACCAAUGUACGCCCAGCCCUCUGCCUUACCGCCCAAAAAUGGAACCAGGAAGAUCUUAGUGAAGAACUUCAAACAGCGUCCAGCUGGCGUACCAGACGAAUGGGUGAAUAAAACCCUUGAUAUGCUGGAUGGCGCUUUGACAGCCGUGUUUGAAGAUAAGGAUGAUAAAACCCGGGGUACUAGUAGUGAAGAGAUCUAUCAGGGUUGUCAAAGUCUUUGUCGGGCUGGUAAGGCAUCGUUGAUUCAUGAGAGGCUUGUGGCGAGGUGUAGGGACCAUGUGGCCGGCCCGUUGAGGGAGGGGAUCAGCAGUCGAGCGGUGGGAACGGAUGAAGAACUAGUCAAGAUCAUAGAGGGUGUAUGGAAGAGAUGGCAGGAAAGGCUGAGGGUUAUCCAAAUACUGUUCUUUUACCUAAAUCAAGCUUAUCUGUACCCCGCACCGGAUCGAGAGCAGAUAUGGGACAUGGGACUGCAGCUAUUCAGCACGCAUAUCAUCACAGAUACGAAGUUUCGGGGGCGGUUCCUAGGUGGAGUCUUCAAGUUAUACGAGAACGAUCGAAAGGGAGAAGCCGACCUCGACAACAGCAAUCUCCUAAUGGCUAGCAUUAGAAUCUUGUCAAACCUUGGCUUGUAUUCGUCGCUAUUCGAACCUCGUUUUAUCGACGUAUCAGAAGGAUACUACCGGCUGCUUGCUGAAGAAGAGGCUGAUGCUGACGAUGUGGCACGAUAUGCUCGACAAUGCUCAUCACAGAUACAAAAGGAGAUCGAAAGGGUUGAGAAAUACAACUUGGAGACUACGACAAAGAGAGACCUAAUCAAUAUCAUUGAGAAAGAAAUGAUCAAGUACCAUUUGCCCGACCUAACUGACGGGGCCGGAAUCAGGUCCUUGUUCGCGAGCAAUGACGUCGAAUCCCUCGCCGUUAUCUACUCUGUUAUCAACAGGGUAGAAGAUGCCGGAUCGAAAAUCAAGCCUAUUUGGUCUAAAUACAUCAAAGAGAAAGGAUCCGCAAUCGUGACAGAUUCUGAAAGCACGGACAUGGUGCCGGCGCUUCUCUCCUUGAAAAACAACUUAGAGGGUAUCCUGAAGAACUCAUUUACUAAGAAUGUGGAUCUUGGGCAUUCUCUGAGAGAGUCGUUCGAAACUUUUAUCAAUGAACAGAGGAAGGGAGCAGGUUACAAACAGAACGCGAGACCAUCGGAAAUGAUCGCCAAGUACAUGGACUUGCUCCUACGGGAGGGUAUCAAAGCCAUCUCGCGGAACUCGGCUGCUCCAGAAGAAGACGAACAGAUGAUGGGGAUGGGAGACGAGGAUGCUCUGCUGGGGAAUCAACUGGAUCAAGCUCUCGAUUUGUUCAGAUUCAUUCAUGGCAAAGAUGUAUUUGAGGCCUUCUAUAAGAAGGACUUGGCACGAAGGCUGUUGAUGCAGAGAAGCGCUAGUGCUGAUGCAGAGAAGGCGAUGUUGUCGAAAUUGAAGACUGAGUGCGGCUCUGGGUUUACGAUGAACUUGGAGAUCAUGUUCAAGGACGUUGAUAUUUCAAGAGAGAAUAUGGCUUCGUUCAAGAUGACCAAAGCAGCCAUGGAGAGGACCGAUAGCAUGGACCUCCAGGUGACAGUGCUUUCACAAGCUGCAUGGCCAACAUAUCCUGAAACAACGAUAACUGUCCCGGAGAGUGUGGCGGAUUAUAUGACUGCGUAUCAUUCAUACUAUACAGCUAAGCACAAGGGAAGGAAACUAGUAUGGAGAAAUGCUCUCGCCCAUUGUGUUCUUAAGGCGAACUUUCCAAAGGGUAGGAAGGAGCUUUCUAUGAGUGCUUUCCAAGCAGUGGUCCUCCUAUUGUUCGAUAACGAUAAGAAACCGCUGUCCUAUGAAGAGAUAAAGUCCGCGACUUCACUUCCUGACCCCGAACUAAUCCGCACACUUCAAUCUCUCGCCUGCGCCCGUGUUCGACCUCUCACUAAACAUCCAAAGGGCAAAGACGUCAACCCAACUGACACAUUUACCGUAAACCUUGGCUUCAGUGACCAAAAGAUCCGUAUCAAGAUUAACCAGAUCCAACUGAAAGAAACAAAAGAAGAGAACACUCAGACACACGAACAAAUCGCUCAAGACCGACAGUAUGAGACCCAAGCGGCUAUCAUCCGUAUAAUGAAGAGUAGGAAGUCAAUGGGCCAUAACGACCUAAUUACCGAGGUUAUCAAUCAGACAAAGAAGAGAGGCGUCUUGGAUAUGGCCGAUAUCAAGAAGAAUAUCGAGAAGCUCAUUGAUAAAGACUAUAUGGAACGCACUGAGGACAAUACCUACGCUUACUGUGCUUAA